CAGCCCCGACUCGGAAGCAGCGGCGGGAGAGGACCACCUUCACCAGGGCUCAGCUCGACGUGCUCGAGUCCCUCUUCACCAAGACCCGCUACCCGGACAUCUUCAUGAGGGAGGAGGUCGCCCUCAAGAUCAACCUGCCAGAGAGUCGGGUCCAGGUGUGGUUCAAGAACCGUCGCGCCAAGUGUCGGCAGCAGCAGAAGCAGCAGGCGGCGGGGGCGGAGAAGACCCCCAGAACAAAGAAGGUCGCUAAGUCUCCGCCGCCCUCCUCGCAGACCUCCCAGCAGUCGGGCCAGACCACAACCGGUGGUGUAGCCGCCACCCCGCCGCCACCAGGAGGCGGCCACAGAGAUGCCUCGCCGCCCUCACCGCCGCCCUCUGUCAGCUCUGCCCCGCCCUUGCCUCUCACCCCGUCUUCCACCGCCCAUACCUCCUACAACCCCAUCUGGUCGCCAGCCGCCAUCCCGCCAGCGGGGUCGGCGUCCAUCCCGCCCAUGGGGGACCUGAUGACGCCGCCGUGCCUAGAUCGUGGCGGCUACGGCGGGGUGAGUCAACAGGCGGCGGCGGCGGCGGCCUGCUACCAGAGCUACGCCGCCCCCUCCUACUACUCCAACAUGGACUACCUCACACCCAUGUCCCACUCCCAGAUCAACGUCCCGGUGAGCUCGAUGGCUUCUCUCAACCCCAUGGGAGGCGGCGGAGGCCAGCAGAUGGGGUCCCACUCGGGAUCCGGGCUGGGGUCAUCGCUGGUGUCUUCUUCCUUGGGCACAUCGUCGCUGGGGUCGGCGGGGUCCCUGGGGUCUAGUCAGUCCCUCAGCCCCAGGACACCGCCCACGGUCAACUCCCUGACGCCGCUGCCGCCGGACUGCCUCGAGUACUCCGACAAGAACGCCGCCGCCUGGAAGUCCUACCAGAGCUUCCAGGUAUUGUGAGCUGGCACGCCCGGACGCUUCACCACGGCCCCUGCGUACCCACCAAUAUCUUGAAGUGAAGGACUCGAACACACAAUUCAUAUUUGCCGCGGACUCGUACGAGAAAUAUGAAUUAUGAUAAUGCAAAUAAGGGUGAUUAUCGGAGAUUCGAAGAACCUAGUUUCUCCCUAAAUACAGUGUAAAGAAACGCUGGUAAUGUCAGCGACAACACCUUAUGCACUCACGCACUCAGUCCCUCUCUCCCACCGGCACACCUCCACGCAUAUACUCAGUUACUUUUUUAUUAAUAAUUUGCCCAUUUGUACAGAAAGGAGAUCUGAAGGCCAAAAUAACUUGAUGUGAUGUUUAGUAUCACAGGGGUGACAUAUAUUGCUGGAUGCUGUCCGCCUGGAUUUAGUGCCCCCGGUGCCUGGACUUGGUGCCCCGGUGCCUGGACUUGGUGCCCCGGUGCCUGGACUUGGUGCCCCGGUGCCUGGACUUGGUGCCACGGAGCCGGUCGAGUGGGGUGGUUGGAUAGACUCACCUGCACAGCUGAGCACUGAGAAGCUCUGAGCAACGAUCUCCUUGACUCACCUGCAGAGCUGAGCGUGACACUCCUACUAUUGUUGCAAAUUGCUCGUCAUCAUUGUAUAACUUUUGUUCACGCCAUUUACUUAAUUGAUCUAUAAACGUAAAAUACAAUUAUCAGGCUUCACUGAAAAAUAAAAUAAAAAAAAGUGUUUUAUCGUCGUUUUGAAAUGACUUAUUCAUUUUGACAAUGAAUUGCGGCUCGUUUUAAUAUCAACAUAAACGAGAAUUUUAUUAAAGCUCCGAGAGAUACAGGUUUAUUUGACCAGGAAACAAGAACAAGAGUGGAAGUCUUGAUACUCUAUUUUUUGUUUUGUAUCUCGUUGUAUUUUACGUGUUGUGGCAACAAUGUGAGAAGCAGGUAGAGCAUGAGGUGUGGGAGAGAGCAGGUGGCACUCCUGCAGGCACUCCAACGGGCCAUGACCGCCGCUGCACGCUACAGUGCCCGGAGAGUGGGCUGUGCGCGGUUGGCCUUCACGCCUGCGGUCGGGCGAAAGCCCCCCCGGAGCAUUGUUGAGGAUGAUGCAGGGGAGGUCAGCAGGGCGUGGCUCUCAAUGGUGUCGAUCCUACUAUUCCGUUCAAGGCCCCACUCACAGGGUCCUCCGGCGCGGCACUGAGGGCAGCCAUUCAGGCCCCACCACCCCCCACCACCACCACAGGGUCCUCCGGCACGGCACUGAGAGCAGCGGAAGGAUCAGGCGUCCCACCACCUGCUGCCCUGAGCGUCUACCUACCUCGUGUAGCUUCCAGGGAUCAACAGCCCCGCGGCCCGGUCUCCUACCAGGCCUACCCUUAUAUCCUCGCUGUCCUCUGGCAGGACAGCAUGCAGGACGCUCCGGCUAAGCACUGAGGACUGCUGACCGGAUGAAACGCACCAGAUCCCGUACCGGACAGUUUAUACUUGUGUUGUUAAACUGACCUCAACAUUGACUCAUCUGUUUUAUAAUCACACUACAAGCUUUUAACAGCAAACAAAUCGUUUGUAGCAACAAAUUGUUUUUUUUUAUAUUUUUUUAUAUUUUUUAUUUCUUCAAAAUAAUUAUUUUAUUCCCGAGUCGUGGAGAAAGCACUACCAACAUGCACAUUCCCCCCAGGCCAAACACAGCUACUUCUGAUGUUACAGGUCUGCCCCCUGGCGGCGUGACCUGUCAGACAUAACCUUCGGUUGCCAAUAUAAUCCUGGUGGCGUUAAUCUAAUUAAGCGUCGUCCUAUGAAGGCGUCGACUCACGAAGGCGUCGAUCUAAAUUAGGUUUCCCAAUACCGGCAGUAAUAUUUCCGGCAAUACACGUAUAUGUCCAAAUGCCAUUUAAUUACAAACAAUUCUGGCGUUGGGAAAAAACUAAUCACUGGCAGAACCAGGUCGUUCACAACAAGAAAUGGUUAGAGGAAAACACACAACUGGGGCCUUACGUGUUAAUCAAUUUCAGGGUAAGUGGAAAUAUCUCAAGAAUGUCUUGGCAGGGUUUAUAGCAGUUACCUGAAGUGGCCCAAAAUUGCUAGGAGUUCUGUAAUUGACAUUGUUGAUGCAGCCCUCAGUUGUCCCUGGCAGGUCAGCUGCACAAGUCAGGGGCGGCUGGAGGAAGCUGUGUGGAAGGCAUAUCAGCUAUUAGUAUGUAGGUCUUCCUUUGUUCACGUUUGUACUCUACCUUGUAAAGACUGUACUCAUGACAGUAAACUUAGAACCACAGCCAAAUUAUAUAUAUAUAUAUAUAUAUAUAUA